UAAAACACUCUGACCCAUCCUUCCAUAAAUAAAACUAAAUCUCACAUACAAACGCCAAUCAGCAUAUGCGAUAUCAAAACAUGGGCUCGAGUCAAAGCACAAAAAACAGUAGAUCAAAAUCAUCUAAUAGUAAAAGAAGAGUGAUGAACUCCUCCUCAUCAAGCCCAACCACAUAUCAAAGCAAAAAAAUGAUGGCUCCUACAACAUCCUCGUCAUCUGUGGGGUGGCGGCAUGAUCAUCAUUAUCAUCAUCAACUAAGAAAUCACGUCACGACCAUUGCUGACAGUAAUGCAAUUGGUCAUGACCAUAGUGUGCAGGCGGCUGAUGAUGAUAUUGAUAUCAAAGCUGAAGAUUACAUCAAGCGCAUUCGAGAGAAGUUUCAAUUACAAUGUCAAGAGGAGUAGGUUGGUGAGAUAAAUUUGAACUGAAUGGUGUCUUUCAAGGUGUAAAAGAGGAUAAAAGUCCAUGGCAGGUUACACUUCAUUUGCCUUAUCAUAAGUCAUAACACACUCAAUUAGUAAAACUACCAUGUACCUACUCAUAGUAUCAAACUAUAUAUGGGCCCAAUCCCAAUGUAAUGUGUAAAUUCUACUCCGUGUUCCCUUAUAACUUUAUCAAUGUUUCUCUUUCGAUUUCUUU